AUAUAAGAAAAAUUGCGUGUCCUCACGAUUUUCCGUGUGAAAAACCAAAAAACAUUGCUAGAGAACGAAUUCUCAUCCGCACGACAUUGAGCAAAAAUGGCCGCGUGAAAUGCGCCACCAACGCCACUCGUGGUGAACACAAUAGUUGACGUGACAAAUUGACGGGGUAGAAAAAUCUUCAGUUGUGAGAAGAGGUUGUUUUUCGUGAAAAUCCAUUAGAAAAAUUACUUUACAGUGUGUGUGUUUGAUGGCAACAUCACCAAGUGCUAAUAUGGAGAGGAGUGCGCCCACAGUCACGGCCACAGAAGUGAUAGCACGUCCGGCAAAUGGCACAGAGGAAGCGCCCGUUCUGCGACUGCGGCUGCACAAGCCCAAGAGCGACAAGAAGGUGUCGUGGGGCUCAGAGACGGUGGACAAUGAGGACAUGGGCAAGAAGAAGUCCAAGUGCUGCUGCGUGUAUCACAAACCGAUGACCUUUGGCGAGAGUUCGUCCGAGAGCGAGGACGAGUGCGAACACUGCUAUGGACACGUGGAGAAGAGGAAGAAGCGGACACCCAAGGAGCCCAAGCCGCCCGAAGGGUGCGACGAGACGGACCAGGGCGGCAGCAGUAGCCAGGAUUCCGCCGCCAGCUCCAGUCAGUCCGGAGGCGGUGGAAAUUGACUUGUUAGAAUAUUUAUC